CUAUUAGACUAAAUGGUCAUUAGACCAAAUGAUAAGUAGACUAAAUGAUAACUAGACCAUUUGGAUAGUAGACGAACUGGUUGUAGACCGAACGAUAAUUCACCGGCGCAUUAAAGGGCUAGGCAGCUCGCUGACACAUUCCUACGUCAGAAAGAAAGCACAGUUCUUGGCGACCCGCAUUCUCAACGCAAAACCCUGUCAAAUUUCCUUUUUCCGGAAACUGAGCUGUCAGAGACAAAACAUUUUAUUUGGGCGAGCGGGCGUAAACUAAAAGGCCACAGGCGCUGGUGCUAUCCCGGCAAUAUCAUUACAGCUCCUUUGGAAAGAUCCUUUCUCCGGGCGAUAUUGAGGCCACCACAUUCCCAUGAAAUCAGCUGGUUCACGCUAAGCCACACAAUGUCUAUCGAUCCCACCAACGCAACCAUCAUUGAAGAUAACUCAUCUGAGACAGCUUCUUCAGGAGGUUACGAAGGCACCAAUCCUGCACUUCUUACCAUCUACCUCUUCAUCGCCUUGCUGGGAGUCAUUGGGAAUGGCCUCGUCAUCUUCGUCCUGGCCCGCGUUCCGUCUCUACGGUCCUUCACCAAUGUCCUCAUCACCAACCAAUCCGUUAUCGACUUCACAAGUAGCAUCAUCUUCUUCUUUCUCUAUGUGACACCCAAACCGAAGCUGCCGAUCCAGCCCAAAUUCGCGAUGUUCGUCUGCAAGUUUUGGUACUCGGAGUAUCCUCUUUGGGCCAUCUCGGUGUCAUCUACCGUCAACCUGGUAUGCCUGACCGUGGAGCGGUACUUCGCUGUGAUCCAUCCGCUCAAAUACAGGAACCGUUUUACCAUCAAUCGUGCGCGGUUACUAUGCCUGUUGCCCUGGAUAAUUGGUCCUCUGCAUGAGAUUCCUUGGUUGAUGGUCCAUCAGAUAUCAGGUGACCUAGCCGUUGAUGAGAACAAUGCUACCAUAGACAACCGCUCGUGCUGGGCCACGUGGCCAGAAGAACCAGUAGGCUUGCAGAAGGCAUUUGGUUGCAUUGUCUUUAUUGAUCAUUACCUGGUACCCUUGACCAUCAUGGUGUACGUUUACAUUCGCAUCGUCGUUCGACUUCGUAAGGACAUGCCAACCUUGCGGAUGGGUGUCGGCGUGUCUUCUGGCACUUUACCUGGAUCGAGAAAAGAGAACCACGAAGAUAGUGACUUACCCAAAAACAAAAAAUCAAGCAUGAAACUCCCAUCACAACCUCGACGUCGUUUUGCCAUCAUGGCCUCUCGGAGCGUCCUUAAAACCAUGGUCAUCGUAUCUUUAGCGUACCUGAUCUGCUGGGGACCUAAUGAAAUCCUCUACCUACUUUUCAAUCUCGGGAUCGCAGUGGACUUCGCAAGUGUGUACUUUUACACAACUGUUAUUUUUGUACUGUGCAACAUGUGUUUGAAUCCCAUAAUUUACGCUUUUCAUUACGGGGAGUUACGGCGGGGUGUCAUAUUGGCGUGUCACUGUUGCGCUAGGAAGAUCCCGGUUUCCUCCAGAGCGACGAUGCAAAGUCGGAGUUACAGCUUAAAUGUAAACGGAAGCAGUAACGAUGCAUAUGAACAAUCUCAGAGUAACAAGGUGUGAUGUGACUGUCGUCUGUGUAUGCCUUACUUGAACACUAUAUAUGCCAAAGCACCUUAUCAUUCGAUGCAGGUCGUUUUAAUGCUACAUAAGCCCUAUUAACAUGCACGAUAAGUAUGCUGCAUCGAGGACAUUGCAAUCAAUUCUAAUCGUUGUACGUAUUGUUAACAUGUACAUGCUCGUGCGUGUAGGUGUAACGUUCAAACAAAUUAAGUGAAUUCGGCCGAAAGCACACGAGGUGUCAUUUCAAUUGCGCCACUAAAGUACAAUCAAGCAUUGACGCAACCCCUUGUGACGUCCUGGCGCAGUGACGUCCUGGCGCAAGGUUUAGGAUUUGUCCGAAAAUCGACUUUCAACGGAAAGAAAAUUCAAACAAACAAUUGGGGUAACAUACAGAACAUCUUGUGUGACAACUCUUGACUCAGAUGUUAGUAUCUAAAUUGGCCCAUUUUUUUUUUAUUUCUUGCUGUGGCUUGAUGUCGAGUGAUCAGGACAAUCGGUUGGCGUAAUUGGCGGUUGUCGAACAACGCCUCCUGAGCAUAUGGCUCUAGGAUGUAGGCCCUUUACCGGGGUAAUUUUAUUUAGCUGGUCAAGCUCUGAAGUCGAUUUGCCACAUUCACUUCUGCAUAUUUUAAUUGCACGUUCCUUGAUAAUUGUGGUGCCUCAACAUGGAGUACACACAUAUAUAUAUGUCACUUGAUGUUUUGGGGGAUGUGAAUGGUUGUACUCAGUAUUUCAAGCAAAUAAAACAAAUGGAAGAAUAAAGUAAUGGUUAUCAGCUUAAUUGUGGGAAUUGUUUCUUCACAAAUUUAAUUCACCAAAUCUUUAGGUUGAUUGUUUGCUAAUUUAGUUGAAAGGGUUCCUCUCCAUUGUGCAAUGACCUUUCCAUCAUUUGGGUUUUUACACCACAAACCACUUUCCCUGGGGCUUUAGAUCAUUUUUCUGUGAGUGGGAGGAGGACUAUUUACAAGUGUGUGAUAAUACAAUUUAUUUUAUCUUGUUUGGUUGGUUAGUUGGUUGGCAUUUUUU